ACGAAAUCAACUCUCGUGAGAGAUUCCUCUGAAGCAACCGUCGUGUGUGUGGUGGCUGGGUUGGUUACAGCAUUCAAGAGCCAUUGCAAAUUCCCGCGGCUAUUUAAGGUUCGGCCAGCUGGCUAUAGUUAGAAUCGACGGAUCAGCUCCCGGGUUUUCUUUCCGUUACGGGUGUCCGGUCUGGUCCGGUCCGGUCCGGUCUGGUCUAAGUCCAGUCAUCCAUCUAACGCGCACGUUAAGACUCAUAACGCGUGCACAACUAGAUCGCGCCUAAAUCGCGCUGAUUUUGUUUUACCGGUUUGCGAUACGACGUGUGUGUGUGUGGGGUUACCCUUCCUUCCUUAUUUUUUACUAGACGUGAGCGCGCGCGCGCGCGCGUACCCACGGGGGAUUCACCACUCAUUAAUCGAACGAACGAGAUCGAUCGAAAUCGAAAUAUAUAUAUUAUUAUAAAUGUUGGGUAUAUAAAUGUAUAUAAAUGUUGCCGAAUAAAAAAAAAAAAACUAAGGGAAUUAGAUUUUUCGGUGAUCUACAGAAAAAUGUGCAACGCGAUCGCGAGCAUGAAUAUGAACCAAUCGCAGUACCAUUAGGACAUCAUCCAUUAACGACGGCACCAGUCGUACAGAUCAUCGACACGGACGUGGUGCCCGUCGCGGACAGCGACGACAGCAUCGACGAAAGAGGCCUGUUGCCAUCUAGAUUAAUCCUAGGCGGAGAUGUCAUUCUACCCUUGGACGGUAGAAUCGAAGAUGUCGCCAUGGAAGGACAGGAACUUGGUGAAACUGUCGGUGAUACGUCCGAGGAACAAGACAGUCCGCAACAAAUUCAGGAACGAUUGGAUGAAAGAUAUUUGAGCAGCCUUAGCAGUCCUGCUGCUGUUGCAAUUUCUGCUGUUUCUGUUGCCCCGAGUCCCCCAACCCCGACCACUGCCACCACAACUCCUGGCGCCGAGUCUAGGACUGAUGGCGAAGUCAACACCAGUCAGAUGGACUCAUCGGCGUUGGAUGAGUUACCCCUACGCCGUGAUUCACAAACUAUACCUCAACGUUUGAAGAGUCAGGCGGGUAAAUUGAGCUCACGGUUGCGUGGUAUACAACGACCAAAAUUUUCUUUUACAAAACGACCAAAAUCUGAAAAAACGAGAUCGAUGACUAUGACGACAACGACGAGUAGCGGGAAGUCUGACAAAUCUAGAACGGAUAAAAAAGUCCCUAGCAGGAUGGACAGGAUAAGAUCAUCGUUCUCGGAACGGCCACGUUUCAGUUUACCGGAUCGACCGAAAUUUCAUUUUCCCGAUAGUUCGAAAUUUCGUUUACCUGAGAAAGCUAAAUUCAGUAUGAAACGUCCAAACAUAAGUUUGCCUAAAGCGUUGAAACGUAAAACGAGAAAAUCAUCGUUAAAGGAACAACAACAGCAACAACAACAACGUUCGACGGAUUCAACGAUCGGUGGCUCGCGUCGAAAUAUUUUCGAUUUUUCGACGUAUCCGCGUAUAUUCGAGAAAAAAUCUAAAACACGCAGGGACGGUGACGUGGAAGGGGAAGGGGACGAGGACGAUUACGCGGCAACGUCCUCGCCAAAAAAUUCUCGUGGACAAUCGCAGGAGAGUGCAACGUUUCCAAGAGUUAGAAAAUCUUAUCCAUCGACUACGGCAAGUUGGGCGCUCAGAUUCGGUGAGCCAACUUUUGACGAAUUGGAUCAAAACGAAAAUGUCAGUGCCAUCGAAAGGAUGCGUCCGUGGCGUCAUCCUUCGUUGGAAGAACCCAGAAGAUCCCUGAUGUUGGAAGAGAAAGACACAUUGGCAGCUCGUAUCUCAUGGGAAAAAUCACAGAAAAAAGAUAAACCUCGAAAGUCUGGUAGAAGUAUGGAGGAGGAGGUUGAGGAAGAACAAGAAGAAGAAUUAGAGGAAGAAGAAGAAGAGAUACAGUAUAUGGAUUACGAUCCUGAUUCGGUUGAGAUCUCGGAAGGUAGAGGAGAGAUCAAUGGGAAAGAAAAAAGGAGAAAAGAUGAUGAACAACAACCCAGGGUGUCUGAUUGGAGACAAUCCGAUGAAGAGGUAGCAGCAGUAAUCGGGGAUGAGAUGUUUAAGCCGGUACGACGUACGAGAUCGUUGGCUGAUCCGACAGUACCAUUUGAUGUUGGUACCUCAUUCGCUGCCGUGGAUCCAAGACAGUUUGAACAAAUUCAACUACCCACGAAAAAAGAAGUAAAACAGAAAGAAGAAGAAGAAGAAGAAGUUGAAGUUGAAGAAGAACUAGAAAUAGAGGAAGAGGGUUACGAGGAGGAAGAAUUGGAAGAAGAAUUAGAGGAAUUAGAAGAUCGAGAUCUUUCCUCGGCUCAUUCGGAUAGGGAACAACAACAAUCCAGUGGUAGCUCGUGUGAUCGUCGUCGACGUGGCAUAGUCGAGGACACCGGUUCCGAGGAAUAUUAUCCGCGGGACACGGUCCCCGAAUUUAACAAAUAUUUUCAACCUGUGAACGCGUUGGCCGAUGACAUAAUAAUGCCAAGUAUUCCACCAAAAAGACCAGCUAGGAGAUCGUUACGCAAAAGAAAAGAAGACUUGGUCGAGGAGUCUUACGAUGUUGUUGUACCACCAGCUAGAACAAAAAGGGAACGCAUGGUUCAACGAACUAGCGAGGAUAUUUCGGACGAUUUAUAUUACGAGGAACGUUCCGAUAGUAGCUCAAGACAUCGUGUCGUUUAUCAAACCGAAUUUGAUCCUAACGAAUUGACCAAACCAAUUAACGAACCAUUGGACGAUAUAGUUGUAGUUAAACCGGCAAGAAGGAAAUCUAGAUCGUCGAUUCGCAGUCAAUCACAAAUACCGAUCGAGUCAGACAUCGUGUCGCGAAAUAUCGUGCAAAACGGUGACGUGCCCCGUCAACAACCUCCUAUCGUACCUACCAGACGAAAACGAGCUCGCGGAUUGAAGAUUCCAAAUGGUAGGAACGAACAAUUGUUUCCUGCGACUAUGUGCAAUGGUCGUAACGACAAAUGGGAGGAAAGUUUAUUAUCAUCGUCUAGAAUCGGAAUCGAACAACCAAUACGAUCUCAAGAGAUUCAUGAUAUAAUAUUUAACGCGCAAGAGGAUAAAGUAUUAAUAAAAAAUCAUCAACACGCCGACACACCAAUUCCCGUUCCACCAAAGAGACGUUCCAGAUCGAGAACUAUCUCAUUGGCUCAGGACGACGAUCGUACGUCUCACGGGGCCGAAUCUUUGCCAGAAGUUGAUUACGUUCAAGAAGAUAUACCGCCAGACGAGACUACUCAAGAUUCCAUGAGAGAUUUGUCGGGAUACGCUUUAGUCGACAAACGGGAAAAACCACCUAGACCUCCGCCACCUCGUAGACGAAAGAUUCGUGAAAAAUUUGCCACUACGCCAAGACCUAAUCCUCCUAAAAGACCACAGCGUACUUACAGUACGCUUACUUCGUCGACCAAAUUAAAAGACGAUUUAUCAAUCGAGGAAAGAAUCCUCGAACAACAACAACAACAAUCAGAAUCUAUGCCGUACAUCGAAAUAGAUUUGGAGGAUCGCAAAGAAUUACGCGACGAUCGAGUUUUAAGUAAAAUCCAAGGAAGACCAUUACCGGCACCCCCGAGACCACCCAGAGCACGAAAGGAACACAGUCAAGAUCAUUACGACGAAUCUUUAUCGGAAAUUAUAAACGAAGCAACGACUGCUACUCAAACCGAUCCCCUUCCCGAUGACAUGAUCAUAGAAGAAGAAAUAACUCAAGCUAAAUUGAUAGUAACUCCAUCGUUAUCGGGUUCACAAGUAAUGGUAUCUACCGAACGAAUACCUAGUCCUAGUCAGUUUCCAAUUUUACCCGGUUCCGAAUUUUCUCCUAACGAUGACGAUAAAUAUCGGCACGUUGAUACGCCGAGAUCAUCGAGAGAACCUUCGUCAUUUGUUGAUUAUCAAGAAAGAUUUCAGGAAAGGCGUUCGCCAUUUUCUGGGGAACCACCACCGCCACCACCACCGCCACCUACAAUUCCCGACACAAUUGCAAUUGAUCAAUCUCAUUUGCAAUCACAUUUACAAUCUAUUAUACGAUCCGCCUUAAUGACGGAUGAAACUCUCAGAAUAGGCAGUUUGGAAGUCGGUGAUCUCAAAGUUGAUCGACUUAGCGUGUCCCAGUUAGAAACAAGUAAGUUACUCGCUUCCGAAAUUGACGCAAUAGUGAUAUCAGCAAGCGAGUUGAAAAAUUUACAAGAACCCAAAGAGGACUCAUUUUCUCCGGCGAUUAUCAAAGAAUUGAUAGCUAUCAGAAGUCACUUGGAAAGUGUGGCUAGCUCGCAAGCAAGGGAAGAAAGACGUUUGCAUGAUAGAGAAAGUGACACGGAGUCGAUAUUGAAGGACAGUAAUAAAAAAGAUCUGAUUCAGGAUCAACAAGAAAUCAAAAGGUACGACGGUAAGGUUUCAAUUACUGAUCGAUCAAUUAAAUCUAGUUUGGAUGAUGAGAAAAGUAUUAAAGAUGCUAAAAAGAAAAUCAAAAUCGAAAGUACGGAGACGGAAUCCGCGUUAUCAUUCGUCGAAAGUAUGUCAGAUAACGAAACUGUUGACCCGAUGUCGAUGAAACGUUUAGAAAUGUUCGAAGGUAAACAACUAUCGACGCAGAUUCGUCAUUCCGAUUCAAAGUCGAGUUUAACGGCUGAAUUUGAUUUAAUGUCAGAACGUAGGCCGGAAAUAGACGUGGUUGAUAUCCAAGAUAAACAAGUUCAAAGUAAAGAAGAAGAUAUAAGCGGGAUUAGUCGAAAAUCUAGAUCACGUUCGUCCUCGCCAACAACUACGGAACGAACUCGGCCAGUACGUCAAACGGCUUCGCCAAUUCGAUCAUUGCCACCUGUUAUUUCAGUAACUCCAGAUACACCUGACACCACCAGUACACCUUAUAACGUUUCUAAUGUAACUCAAGCACAACAUGCCGUUAUUUCUUAUUCCGAGGAUCCAGAAAUAUCUUCUGAUAAUCAGGAAGCCCCGCGAGAAAGUUUGCAAUCACCGACCACGUCCAAUUUAUCAUCGAGCGGUGUUACGCACUUCAUCGCUUUUCCAACUUCACAAAUUCCAGAAGAAUUUUUAUCCUUAGUCAGAUCCCCGUCCACUAGGGUGGUUGAACCCGAAUUAACCAUUCGCGAAUCCUCCCGACAACUUCUUAGAGCUAUACGCAUUGUUGGAGCCAAACUUAUUCGAGAUUUCGCGUCACAUUUGGUCUCCAGAGUUGGUGCCGAAGAUGCGGCAGGAAAAAUUCGAGAACUUGAAUUGGCAUUGUGUGCCUUAUUACUUGUGAUCGCGAUCUUAUUGAUAGUAUAUUUCAGUAAUUCUCGAACAAUAAUGCAUUACCAUCAUUGGGAUUAUUUCAAUCCUCCGCAAUAAUGUGAAUAUGACUUUAUAAUAACUAUCAUGAUGGUUGUAAUGAUCUUUUUCAUAAUUCGUCCUUUUGACAAGCCAAUGCGUUUGCAAUUUUACGAACAAUUGCGCACAACAACAACAACAAUCUGAUUCGAUCUAAUCUAUCACUUUGUACAAUUAAGUUUAUUUUAUAUAUUAAUAAUGAUAUUGUUAUAUUAUUACUAUGAGGAAAAACAACGAUGACAUAGCUACGACGAUUAUCAUAGUGAUUAAAUAAUAACUUUAUACGAUUAAGAAGAAAAGUUUUACAAUGGUGCAAAACACAUCAAUUAUAUAUUAUUGGAUUUAAAUUAAAUAUAGCUUUAUUUAUUAAAAUUUACCCGCAAUGUUAAAGAGAUCUAUUGAUCCUCUUCGAUAUUUGUAGUGUUAUCCUUAGAAAUAUAUAAAAUAUUAAAAAUAAUUGUGCAACAUA